UCUCUCUCUCUCUCUCUCCCCAGCCGUCCCCCUUUUGUAAUUUUUUUUACUUUUCUUCCCCUUUUGCUAACAGACAAUCGCCUCGCGCUUUCCUCCUCUUUCUCCUCCUCCUCCUCCUCGCUUUUUUUCUUUUUUCUUUCCCCCCUCUUGUCCACUCGUCCGCGUUCCCCCCUUUCCUUUCUCAACUCCACUUUCCGGUGCCUGCCUGCUGCGUGCGUGCGUGCGUUUCUGCUUCCCGCAUUUAUUUACUAUUUUGCAAUUGUACGAGUGGGGGAGAGAACCGUACGAGAUCUUUUCUACCACACCACCCCCCAAUUCUCCAUCCAAAGCAUUAAAUUAAACUGAACGAAAGAUCGGGAAAAAGGGGGGGAGAGAAGAAGAACCCAACGAGAGAGCGAGAGAGGUGGAAAAUUUAAAAGAAAACCAUCACCGCCGCCGAUUACGACGCGCUCCCUUCUCCUCCAGAGCAACUUCCAGCCGUGAAAAUCAGAAUAACUUGCCAACGCGAACUGCGAGAAAAAAAAGCUGGAGGGGGAGAGCAAAUAAACUAAUAUAAAAGUGGACAACCGCCCCCCUCCCCCUUUCUCUUUAGACCGCCACAGCUCGCUCCGGCUCCAACGGCAGGCGCAACCGGCCGGAGAAGCGGAUCCGGCGGCCACAGCAAGCGACGGGGGGGCGCGCGAUUUGGCCACGGUGUCCCUUAGAUAUGGCAAUGGUAGUGGCCGCCUGGCGAGACCCGCAGGACGAUGUGACCGGCCCGCAAGGAACGCAGCCUUCGCAAGCUCCCCCUGUGCCGGGAGCCCCCACGGGCACCCCCCACCCCCCACAGACGCCGGUCCAAGGAGGGCCACCCACCACCCCGGCUCAAACCACCCCGGGCAGCCAGCAAAACCAAGGGGAGAAACAGCAGCAGCAGCACAUCGAGUGCGUGGUGUGCGGGGACAAAUCCAGCGGCAAACACUACGGGCAAUUUACGUGUGAAGGCUGCAAGAGUUUCUUCAAGCGCAGCGUCCGGAGGAACCUUAGCUACACGUGCCGCGCCAACCGGAACUGCCCCAUUGACCAACAUCACCGCAACCAAUGCCAAUAUUGUCGCCUCAAGAAAUGCCUGAAGGUUGGCAUGAGACGGGAAGUUUCUUUUUUAUUUACUGCAGCCGUCCAGAGGGGCAGAAUGCCACCCACACAGCCGACCCACGGCCAGUUCGCCUUAACCAACGGGGACCCCCUGAACUGCCAUUCGUACCUCUCCGGAUAUAUUUCCCUCCUGCUGCGGGCAGAGCCUUACCCGACCUCCCGCUUCGGCAGCCAGUGCAUGCAGCCGAACAACAUUAUGGGCAUCGAGAACAUUUGCGAGUUGGCCGCUCGGAUGCUUUUCAGCGCCGUGGAAUGGGCUCGGAACAUUCCUUUCUUCCCAGACCUCCAGAUCACCGACCAGGUGGCCCUCCUGAGGCUCACCUGGAGUGAGUUGUUUGUCCUCAACGCCGCCCAGUGCUCCAUGCCUCUCCACGUCGCCCCGCUCUUGGCAGCCGCCGGCCUCCACGCGUCCCCCAUGUCCGCCGACCGCGUGGUCGCCUUUAUGGACCACAUACGCAUUUUCCAGGAGCAGGUGGAGAAGCUGAAAGCCCUACACGUGGAUUCGGCGGAAUACAGCUGCUUGAAAGCGAUUGUCCUCUUCACCUCAGAUGCGUGUGGUCUAUCCGACAUUGCGCACGUUGAAAGUUUACAGGAGAAGUCCCAGUGCGCUCUGGAAGAGUACGUCAGGAGUCAGUAUCCAAACCAGCCCACCCGUUUUGGGAAACUGUUGUUACGCCUCCCCUCUCUUCGCACCGUCUCUUCCUCGGUCAUAGAGCAAUUGUUUUUCGUCCGUUUGGUAGGUAAAACCCCCAUCGAAACCCUUAUCAGAGAUAUGCUACUAUCCGGAAGCAGUUUUAACUGGCCGUAUAUGGCCAUCCAGUAAGAAGCAAAAGGGGAAUAAAAAAAAAAUACGUUGGAGAGAGGAAAAUUUAAAAAAAAUAAUAAUUCCACAAAUCAGAGAAUUUGGACAAAGCAAAACACACAAAAAAAAAUAACAUGGAAAAUUUGGAAGAGAGGAAUCGCGAGUGACGUUGGGUCUGGCGGUUUGUGUAAAUGUCCUUCGGUUAAGCAAGGAUGUCACAUCCUGGCUAAAAGAAGAGAGGAGCAUAAUUUGAAUGGACUAUGGAUUUUUUUUUAAAAGAGAGACUUGUUCAAUGGACUUUUUACACAAUGCAUUAAAAUUCCCUUGUCUUUCACAAGUUACUAUUUCUCUCUUUCUCUUUCUCUCUCUGUCUCUCUUGAAAAAAAUCUUCCUUCCUUCCUUCCUUCCUUCCUUCCU